AUGGAUCCCUUUGAUCUCCAGCAGGAACUCGAAGCGCUCGCCGGAAACGCAUAUAACCCGGAUCUGGCCCAACAAGAUACGCCGGAGCCCAUAUCCGCAACCAUCAAACGUUGGCAAACCCUCUUCGGCCUCUCAUCAGGCGAUGCCAUAGACAGCAUCAUGGCGCACCGGAACAACCUCACACGCGCUCGCAUCUCCGACGAUCACUGGCAGAUGGUCCAGCGCGACAAGGAAGCACAAGGCUACGAUCGCGAAGCAUACGAGCACGAAUUGGACGUGCAGAAGAAGAAGGCGACCGUCUCGAAUCUACUACCAACGAGUGAGGCCGUCGCAACUGCUGGAGCCCUGACCUACCUCGUCCAGCUGAACGGUCCACUCGCGACUCCGGAGACGGUGAAGCGGGUAACUGGCAUGACAGCGCUCCCGGUUGUGGUCCGGGGCGAAAGUGUCGAAGAUGGCCGUGCGGUGUCUCUCUGCUGCGUUGAUGAGCAGGCCAAGCAAGCCCUCCUACACUGGGCGGCAAGUGAGGGCAAUGGUUUUGAGCCAACCUUGCUCGUCAAUCCGCGAUCAUUGAGAUGA